AUGCCACCUAAUACAAGUAUUGAUACAGAGACGACCACAUCACUAAUAGAGGACUCAUUUAACCGUAUUGUCGAAAGAACUCCUUAUUUUGAAUAUGAAAUAAGCAGUUCCGAUUUGUUUAACGGAGCCUUUCAAAUCGUUUCCUACGUAUUCCCUACUUGGAAACGUCAAGAUAUCGAAUUUGUACAAUGCAAAGAUGGAAUAACAAAUCAAUUGGUAAAAGUAACGCAUCGACCAACAGACUUUUCUGUUUUAGUAAGAGCUUAUGGUAAAGGAUCAGAGCUUAUCAUUGAUCGUAAUCAAGAGGUUAUUAACAUCAUUACGCUUUGCUCACAAAGUAUGUGUCCACCUUUAUAUGCCAGAUUUAAAAAUGGUUUGGUAUAUGGAUUUAUUAAGGGUAGAGUGAGCACAGUAGAGGAAUUGGCUCAAGAUAAAUCAGCAAAAUGGAUAGCAACGAAGUUAGCCAAAUGGCAUAAAGUAACUUUACCAAAGACAAGUAAAAAAGAUCAAAAGCUAUGGUCAACCAUCUAUAAAUGGUUGGAUCAAGUGCCAUCAAGUUAUAAAGAUGAAAAAAUACAAACCCUAUUUCAAACACAUUUUGAUAUGAAGCAAGUUAGAGCUGAGUUGGAUCAUUUGGUUGAAAAUCUAAAAAAGAUCGAUUCUCCUAUUGUAUUCUCUCAUAAUGACUUGUUGUAUGGAAAUAUUAUUUAUGAUGACGAUCAUGAAGAAGCUCAUUUUAUUGACUACGAAUACGGCUGCUAUGCUUAUCGAGGGUUUGAUAUUGGUAACCACUUUAAUGAAUUUGCUGGCUUUGAUUGUGAAUAUUGGAGAUACCCAACAAAAGAAUUCCAAUUGAAAUGGUUUGACUGGUACCUUACUGAAUCUAUAGGAGGUAAGUCAAGUAGUAUUCGUAUUACUCUUUCUGACUCUCCCUGUAUAGUUAAACCAACGGAUGAAGAAAAGGAAAAGAUGUAUACAGAAGUCAAUGCUUUCUCACUAGUUUCACAUUUUUACUGGGGAUUAUGGGCAAUGAUACAGGCAAUGGUAUCUGACAUUGACUUUAACUAUAUGGAAUAUGCUGUGCUUAGAUUUAAUGAAUACUAUAAACGUAGAGACCAAGUAUUUUCUACAUUUUAAAAUAAAAAAACUAAAGAAAGGAUCCACCCAUAUACGUGUGAUCAUAAUCAUUUUAU